CCUACUAAGACAUGAAGAAUUUGGCCACUAGUUUCAUCCUUGGGAACCUGGUGUUGGCCUUCUAUCUACCUUUGGUGGUGACUUUACCUAAAACACUGGCCAUUCCUGAGAAACUGCAAGAAGCUGUGGGGAAAGUUAUUGUCAAUGCCACAACCUGUUCUGUCACCUGUGGCCUUGGCUAUAAGGAGGAGACCAUCUGUGAGGUGGGCCCUGAUGGAGUGAGAAGAAAGUGUAAGUCUCAGCGCUUGGAAUGUCUGACCAACUGGAUCUGUGGAAUGCUCCAUUUCACCGUUCUCAUAGGGCAGGAAUUUAAGCUGAGCUGUCUCAGUUCAGACAUCCUGGAGACUGGACAGGAAGCUUUCAGAUUCACCUGGAGACUUGCUCGGGGUAUCAUCUCAACUGAUGAUGAAGUCUUCAAACCCUUCCGAGCCAGUUCCCACUUUAUAAAGUUUCAGUCCGCUCAGGAGUAUGACUCUGGGACCUACCGGUGUGACGUGCAGCUGUUAAAAAACUUGAGACUUGUCAAGAGGCUCUAUUUUGGGCUGAGGGUCCUUCCUCCUAACUUGGUGAACCUGAAUUUCCAUCAGUCCCUUACUGAGGAUCAGAAGUUAGUAGAUGAGGGCCUGGAAGUGAAUCUGGACAACUAUUCCAGGCCUCAGCGCCCACCGUGGAAAAAGAAGGUGACCAUAGCUGUGGGAAUAGGAAUUGCCAGUGGUGUGUUGGUGAGCAUCGCCCUGUGCGGUGGGCUGAGGGUGAUCCACAGCAGUGCCAGCCUUGAGACCUUACAAACCUUGCUGCCGAAGGGCUGGCUGCUCAGGAAGCCAAACUAG